UCGUUUCCAUGGCAACAUGCCAGACUCACUUUCCUUCCGCCAGGAAGGUAUCGUAGACUCCACCGCUACACAGUCAGGACAUCCUUGGACUAAAGAGACAGGUGUCAAAGAUUCUACAGAUGCAGGCCAGCGUACAGCUGUUGUAGGAGCGCCCCCUACCCUACUGUUCACCCCUGCAGGCCAGAUGCUGGACCUCCGCUCCUACCGGCGUAGCUUCGACCAGCACCGGCGCAGAACCAGCCACGAAACCGCCGGAGCCUUCAACCCAUGGAGACUGGUCGACCAACUGGCAGAUGAACUGAUGGAGGAUGUCCUGGAUGCGGUCGUCAUGGAGAUGACUGAUGCCUGUGAAGAAUGUGUGGAGAAUGUUUAUAGGUCAGAGUUCACAUGACAGGUCACAGGUUGCAUCAUGGGUCAGAGGUCACAAGAUAGGUCAGAAUACUAUGAUAUGCUGUGUGUUUUAAUGAAAGUUACCUUUAUUUAAAGGAAUAACAUCUGUAAUGAAAUGUUUUGAUGUUAAGUUAUGAGCUUUUUACUUAUGAUAUACUGUGCCAAAGACAAAUGAAGUAGUAGAGUUCCACACCUGAACUGAAAUGUGUCAUAGGUUUUCCAGAAUGACACACUGUUAAAAUAGUGUGGAUUUGUUUAGAGAUGAAAAAGAAUUAUG